AUGGCGGCGAAGUUCGACGUUGAGAGUCGGCGCGACGACUGGGGCCACCACCGCUCAGAGUCCAGUGUGCCCCUCCUCAAGGAAUACCCCGACUCGCCCCAAACGCCUACCUUCUAUAUAGCAAGACCGCGCUCCCUGCUCGUCGGCACCCGCCGCCGCGUCCUUGUCGCUUUCGCGUCGCUCUCUGCCUUGUCGCUCAUUGUUUUCGGGAUCACAGCGAUCCUCAGGCAGCAGUUACAUCCCUUACAGGCCGUUGCCGAGCCAGAUACCUACACUAAUUUGGGCGAGAAUGACUACGUUACGUCAAGUCCUCUCGACGUCGAGGUGGACGUUCCUGAGCCAGAAUCGGAGAACGCAUAUUCACCAUACGUGUUGGGCCCUCCGACGUCUCGCUUCCGCGACAACUUACGCAACGACACCAAGUACAUCACAUCCUGGGUAUCAGCCGGAUGGACGAACGACGUCAUAACGUACGCUAACCUGAUCUACCUCGGCGUAAUCACUGGCCGAGUGCCGCUCUUGCCCAUGUUCACACCGUCGCACAUUGGCGGUGACGCAGGGACGAUCGCGUGGGGUGACGUGUUUGACGUUCCGCGGUUCAUCCGCGAGUCAGGGAUCGACAUCGUCGAAUGGCGCGACGUGAAGGACCUGUCCGAGCCCGAGGUGGAGGAUAUCGGCUGCUGGAACGUGUGGGAGUCCGUUCAGUACCGUGAGCACUUCCCCAGGGGCAGCGCGGUACCGGGCUGGCUUGCGCUUGACGUCUCGUAUACCAAAACUCCGGAUUGGGUGAAGCUCAUAUCGAACUAUGAGCAUGAUCAGCAUACUACGUUCUGGACGCUUGCGCGGCUAUCUUUUCCCGAAGAGCGUGAGAGGAACUUGGGCGUGCCGCUUCCCUCGCCCCAGCACCAAGUGAGCCUGCCCCCGGAUGAGCAGCUGCUCUGCUUCGACUAUCUGUAUUAUCUAUGCGCGACGCAGACAUACGAGUACGAAUACGACUACUCUCCGGCAUGGAGGUUCGUAGGCACGCAUAUGCACUGGACCCAAGACAUGCAGAAUCUCGCGGACGCAUACGUUCUCUAUGCAUUUGGCCUGCCUGAGGAUGCGGAAGUGCCACCUUACAUUGCCAUCCACCAGCGGCACGGCGACUUCAAGAACUACUGCUAUGAAGGUGAUCCGGAUUGUUUCGCGUCGAUCGAGGUGAUCACGCGGCGCGUACGGGAGGUGCAGGAUGAGUUGCGGGUGCGAAAGGGCAUAGAGAUUCCGGACACGAGGGUCAUCAUGACGAGCGAUGAGUCUGACCCGGCGUGGUGGGAAGAGGUGGCGGCGAUGGGGUGGGUGAGGAUUGAUCAUGAUGCGUGGGAGACUGCUAGUCAGUAUGGGAAGUGGUACCCCGUCAUUCUAGAUGCUGUGAUCCAGUCUAGCGCCAUGGGCUUUGUGGCCAACGACAGAUCGACAUACUCGACAUUGUCACGUCGGCGUGUGGCCGAUUGGCAAGAUGGUGCGACGCGGAUUGUCAAGUGGGGAUUAAAGGAUGCAGAUGCACAUUGAUAGUGCAUCUUCGUGGCCUCGGGAAGCGGUGUUUGGACUGUCUGACGAAUACCCUGAACGCGAUGGUGAUGAAUCUCAAUGGACAUUGUCUCAUUCACAAUUACCCCCUCGAUGUGUGCGUAUGUCGCACGGAGGGAAUCGAAUUACCCUUCUAUGGACUGGCACUCGACAAAGUUGCUUCGACUGGUGUUACUCAGAUUAUGGCUUGCUCCGGCACAUGACAUGGACCAUUGGUAGCUAUUAGAAUUCUGUUGUCUAGGAGCUGCAACGAUACCUAGCAUUGCUAUGUAUGCUUCGCUUUCCUAUGUAUUUAUAGGGCAUUCAUCUCCAUUUCCACUGAGCUUGACAUGGCGAAU